GCAAGUUGAGGCUCAGCUUGAGCCUUGAGCCAGCUUGAGUCUUGAGAAGUUGAGAGCUCUUGAGGCAGCUUCGCAGAAGCAUUGGUCAGCCUUUCGAGUCUCAUGCGGAUGGCAUCGCAGCUGCGUGUAUAGCUGUGUAUUAGUACAUGAAGGACGCUUCCCCCGCGGUUCCUCAUGUGCCUUAUUGGUACCACGAACAGAUUCUAGCGUGUAUCAAUCAUGGCUAAAGAGUGGACGUUCUGAAUUUCAAAUGUUUCUACGGUUAGCCGCUGGCAGCAGACAAUAUUUGCACGUUGGAGUGGCAGUGGCGAGCCAUCCGAAAAGUCCUAAGUGCAGUGGCAAUUGGCGAUUGAAUCGCUGUUCGGAAUUCAGGUGCCAGAGGGGAACCAUUGGAGUUUUACCCCUUUUCACGCUGCUGAAAGUUUGAAGUUGAGUCAGAAGAGAGGUCAGCUGGCUGCAAAAUAGCUUGUGGCUGGUCAGAGGGGCUCCCGGCAACCAUGCAGUCUAUCGGUUUUGAAGGUAGCACUUUGACGGUGCCGAAAAGUGAUGCAGUGCACUUUGACUUCCGGAAUGGGUCCCUGUUCCUCGUAUGUAAGGCAUUCACUGGGGAGGUGCAGCUUUCAUCAAGGACUGGCGGCGCUUCGCCUUUGGACGUGGUUGAGAAGCAGGCUACCUCUCCAGACUGCGUGCUGAACCUCCCGUCAACUGGCAAGAAAGCGCAUCAGCCAGCUUUGAAAACCACCCCGGAAACGUCAACUGACGAGGCGGAGGCGUCUGAAGAAGCAGAGAGCUCAAGACCGGAGCUUCCUCCCAGACUAGAGGACAGCCCUUCUGACUCUCAGGGGGGCGAGUCUCCGGCACCAACAGAGAGUGAUGCCCCCUUGAAGCGGAAACCUUCCCUGAGCAUCGAGUCAGCUGACGCCAUCGAAGGGGAGAUCCAGAGGGGUAACCCAGCCAAAAGGACGAGUUCGGCGCUCUACCCCCUGUUUCAUAACACCCAGCCACGGGCUCCGUCGCCAAAGAGAAAGCUGGUGGUAGGAAAGGGGUGUCCUACGACCAGGAGAAGCACCGGGAAAGAGAACGAAGGAGCUCCGUGCUCCUCAGGGCAGGAUGCCGGAGUGCGGGUCGAGUGGUCCCUCCUGCAGCCCACCGGCCCAGUACCUGAGGCCAGAUGGGGCGCCAGUGCCACUCUUAUGAACGGCCAGCUGUACCUUUUCGGAGGCGCCAGCGACGAAGAGACUCUCUCUGACCUCUGGACGCUGCGCCUAGAUAAUUGGACCUGGUCCCGUCCUUCAAUUUCUCUGCCCACCACCCCCCGAGCAUGGCACAGCGCCACGGCAGUGGGCCAGCGGCUGCUUGUGUUUGGGGGCGAGAGGACACACGCCCAUGGUAACAGCAUGAAGACGACAUCAUUCAAUGAUGUCAGCGUCUUUGACACAGAUGCUAUGGUGUGGUUUGCUGCUCACACGACGGGUCAGCCACCAACCGCUCGUGCGGGGCACUCUGCCACAGCCCUGACGAACGGGCAGAUCCUCAUCUUCGGGGGCAUAAGUGGGUCGAAGUGGCUCAAUGACGCCAGCGUCUUGAACACAGGUUCUUGGAGCUGGUCCCGGCCCGUUAUCAAGGGCACCCCGCCCAAGGCCCGAUGCUACCAGACCGCCACCCAGAUUGGGAGCCGUGUAGUCAUCUUCGGGGGAAACGGCAGCAAGCAGUGCUUCCGGGAGGUGCACGUCUUGGACACUGCGUCGUGGACAUGGUCUCAGCCGGAGGUCUCCGGUGAAGCCCCGAAAGCGCGCACGGGUCAGAGCGCGGUUGCGCAAGGUUCCCGGGUCGUGAUCUUCGGGGGGUGGGACUACAGCGACUCGUACAGCAGCAGCAAGGUGUACAACGACGUGUCCGUUCUGGACACCGAAACUUGGACAUGGAUGCCCGUCCAACUGAUGUCCGGUGAACAGCCCACCCCACGGUGCGGCCACGGCAGCUCCCUGGUCGUCUCCUCCGACGGCAAAAAUGCCGUCGUCUUCACCUUCGGCGGCCAGAUAGAAAGGGAAGAGAAGGUCGACGAGAUGUACUUGUUGAGAUUGGACGCUUGAUGGACUUUCGACUUUGUGAGCCAGCGGUGGAGCACAGCGUCCAGUACGCAUAUAAAACAUUCUCAAGCUUUCUGAUUGAAGCGAAUCUUGCGAGAACAAAUCGAGCCGCCUGGAGCUUGUUAAGGCAUGUUCGGAUUUAAGCUCGAUUAAUAUCUUGAACGUCACAUGCAUUAGAACAU